AUUAUGCCAUUACCGCACACUCUAUUGGGAUGAUAUCUCUUGUUUCAUAAUCAUUUUUGUUUAUAUAUUGACCGGUUUGCUUGUACUCUCAGCAUUAUAAAAAAACAGACUUUUUUGCAGUAAAGAGAGGGAUUUGCGAGAGAAAAAUGGAAUCACAAGAAGCCCAAGGGGAUCACACACUGCUGAGAGCCCAAGCAGAGGUAUGGCAACUCAUGUAUGGUUUUGCAGAUUCAAUGGUGCUCAAGUGUGCUAUAGAGCUUGGAAUACCUGACAUAAUCCACUCACACGGUGGUCCAAUCUCCUUGUCCCAAAUUGCUUCAGGUUUGAAUUCAUCUCAUCCUGACCUUGCUUACCUUGAGCGAAUAAUGAGAUAUCUAGUUCGAAAAAAAGUAUUUAGUGUUCAUAAUCAAGCAAAUGGUGGAGAGAUUCUGUAUGGUUUGACACAUAUAUCUAGAUGGUUGUUAACUGACUCCAAUCUGUGUCUAAGUCCAAUGGCGAUUAUGGAGAGUCAUCCAUGGCAACUAGUGCCGUGGCAUUGCUUUGCGCGGUGUGUGAAAGAAGGCGGACUGGCUUUUGAGAAGGCUCAUGGCUGUGGAAUCUGGGACUUAGCUUCCCAAAACCCAGAAUUCAACAACUUGUUCAAUGAUGGCUUAGCAAGUUCCUCAAAGGUUGUUAUCAGUGCACUGAUUUCACAAUACAAAGAUGGAUUUGCUGAUGUGAAGACUUUGGUGGAUGUUGGGGGUGGCACUGGAGUUGGCUUAGCUGAGAUUGUGAAAGCUUAUCCUCACAUCAAAGCUAUAAAUUUCGACUUGCCGCAUGUACUUGCCACAGCACCUGACCACACCGGGAUCUCUCAUGUCGGCGGGGACAUGUUCGACACCAUACCUAAUGCAGAUGCAGUUUUCAUGAAGUGGAUAUUACACGACUGGAGAGAUGAAGAUUGUGUAAAGAUUUUGAAGAAUUGUCGAAAAGCAAUACCGGAGAAGACUGGAAAACUUGUUCUGAUGGAAAUUGUUGUGCAAGAAGAAGAGGACACCAUGUUUGGAAAUAUGGAUUUGAUAUUUGAUUUGGUAAUGAUAGCACAUACCUCAGGUGGUGAGAGAACUGAGUCGCAAUGGAAGAAAUUAUUAGCUGAAGGAGGUUUCCCUCGCUACAAAAUCAUCAGAAUCCCAGCUUUCCUAUCCAUCAUUGAGGCCUAUCCAGAAUGAUUAGCAAGAAAUCUUGUUGAUAGUAUUUGUUGUUGUUUUUAUAGUUGGACCAUAUUGUACUUUGUUCUGUUAUAUAACUCUAUUAUCAUUAUCU